AUGUCCUUUCAUUACCAGUUCCAAGCAGUCGGCGUGCUGAACGUAAAAUCGAACAUUGUUAGUUUUACGGUAGUGUCCGCAAUGGACGGUCACGAGGUAGCCUCUUCGAUUAAACGGAUGUCGCUGAUAACGAAGGACAGUCCGGGAUCAUGCGACCGAGGCAUAGGCAAAACACAAAAAAUAGAUACGAUGAACGACGUCAACGAACAUAAUCCAACGGAACUGCCGCCGUUUGAACGCGGCCACGUGGAACAGGAUCCGGGAAACAUUUGGAAAACGGUGAUGGCGGUGAUAGAAGAUACGAUAGACGAUAUGUACCAUAAAGGGCUACCUAUCACGUACAUCAAGUCGGUGGGUAUAACCAACGAGAUAGGCACGUUGCUGGUGUGGCACUCGGAAACGAACGAGCCGCUGCACAAUGCGAUACACUGGACCGAUUCAAGAAUCACUCAUAGUAACCGCGGAACGGCCUCCGCCAUAGAAUGGCUGCUCCAGAAUUCACCGGCGGUCAUCUCUGCUGCUAACAAGUGCAGGUUCGGUACGUUGGAUACGUGGUUGCUGUGGAAGCUUACUGCUGGUGAGAUGUACAUCACUGAUAUGACCAAUGCGUCGUACACCCGGCUGUUUGAUAUAGCCACGUUGAAUUGGGACAUGGACGAAUGCCGAGCGCUAGGGCUGGCCAAAUGUUCAUGGCCAACGGUCCAUCGUCGGCCGAAUCACUACGGCAUCAUUCUCAUCAGCCGAUUGCUCGGCGUGACCGUCAAUGCUGUCAUGGCGCGUCCAAAUGCUGCACUGUUCGGGCACCGGUGCUAUCGAUCUGGACAAACCGUCUUGACGCUCGACGUACUCACAUCCGUGGCCAUUAGUUCAUUCGGAUCCCAGGGAAGAGUACCAAAGCCAUUUAAUUCUCCACACAAACCGUGGUUAGUAGUGGGGUACUGGGAGCCAAACGAACCGUAUCCGGUGCUCGGCAUGGCGACCGCGUCUGAGGCUAACGUCGUCAUGCAGUGGCUGAAGAAUAAUUAUUUAAUGUCCGUGGAAGAGUGCAUUAACACGUAUGCUAACGCCCAUCCGUCCAGUCAACAAGCGAUCCUAGUACCUGCAUUCGGCGGUCUACCGAUGCCGCCUUACGGGCGACCAAACGCUCGUCCCGCUAUUAUAGGCAUUUCGAAGCCGAUGGGUCACGAUGAGCUGAUCACAAUGGUAGUCGAAUCACUUUGUUACAGCGCAGCCGAUAUAGUGCAGUGUUCCGCCGACGGUAGGCCAACGGACACCGUGUUCAUAGACGGACCGUACAGCAAUUUCGGCCCAUUAACGCAGCGUCUCUCGGACGUUUUGGGCACUCGUUUGAUCCGGAAUAGGUGUGACAUGGCCAUUGACGGCGUGGCCCGGAUGGUCGCCUCGACGAUCAAUCUUAAAUACAGGUCACACCAUGAAAUAAUCGUUUAUGAUCCGAUUUCCACGGCCGAACAACGUUUGGUUUGGUCGAAGAUGUGGAAGGAAGCCAUACGCAGGAGUGACGGUUGGGCGGCACCGGAAGAGGACGAGUUCACGCCGUCGCGAUUUUGUCGUAACACCGUACAAACAGUUAAAUCGUGCGCUAUCGGUUGGGUAAAAUGGAUAAAACAAUUAUUUAUUUCAUAA